CCUUUGAUUCUCGGAACCAGUUAUCGGCCAGGGGCACGCUUUGGACCCCAGGCCAUUCGACAGGCAUCCCGACACCUGCGUUACAACUUCCAUCCUGUCUACCAGACCGAACCAUUCAAAUCCCUUCAGGUUGCCGAUGCCGGGGAUGUGGCAUGCAAUCCCUACAGUAUUGAUGAAGCAAUCUUUCAAAUUGAAACGACCGCGACAGACCUGAACAAACACACUGAUGCAAUUGUCAGCCUGGGAGGCGAUCAUACCAUUGCGGUGCCACUGCUUAGAGCAGCAAAUAAAAAAGUCAAAGGGCCAGUCGCGCUGGUACAUUUUGAUGCGCAUCUAGAUACAUGGGAUACUUAUUUUGGGGCACCAUACACCCAUGGAACACCCUUUCGACGUGCAGCGGAAGAAGGGCUCUUUAUGGAAGACGCAUCCAUGCAUGUUGGCAUUCGCGGCCCCCUGUACAGUCCAGAUGAUCUGAAAAACGAUCAGGAGCUGGGGUUCAAGACAAUCCACUGCGACGAACUUGAGAAACAUGGACCGGAUCAUGUGGCUAGACGUAUACGCGAUCGAAUUGGCGAUCACCCUCUUUAUCUUUCCAUUGACAUUGAUGUGCUUGACCCUGCUCAUGCACCCGGAACAGGAACACCUGAAAUCGCCGGACUAACCACUCGCGAACUACUAAACAUUCUUCGUGGACUGGCCGGCGUGAAUCUGGUCGCUGCAGAUAUCGUUGAAGUUUCGCCUGCUUAUGACCAUGCGGAGAUCACUUCUCUGGCAGCGGCUACCAUUGCUUACGAGAUGAUUAAUCUCGUGGUGUGUCGUUCCAGGUGA